UGGCUCCUCCACCGUCUCUUCAGGCUGGAUUCGCUCCUUUGCACCAAUGGAUGGAGUUUAUUUCCCGCCGCGCGCCGUGACUUCCUGAAAACUUCGCGUUUUGCGCCGGGCGCCCCGGGCGGAGCGAUGGAGCCGUGCGGGGACGCCGGCGGCGGCGGCGGCGAGAGCCCCGGCCUCCGGGACAGCGCCAGUCCAGAGGAGGGCGGGGAGAGGCAGGAGAGCCCGGCGUCCGGCGGGCCUCCGCAGUGCAAGAUGAGCCGCCUGGACGUCAACGGCGGCCCGGGGAACCCGCGGACCCAGCAGAACGGGGCGGCGCCGCGGCCGCUGGGAGGCCUGAUGAUCCCGGUGUACUGCGUGGUGGAGCACGCCGACGCGGGUCCCGCCGGCGGAGACUGCGAGAGCCGCCGCGGCGGCGUCGGCGGCGAGCGUCACGCCGAGUUCGUGCUGGUCCGGAAGGACAUGCUGUUCACGCAGCUGGUGGAGACGGCGCUGGUCGCUCUGGGAUACUCGCACAGCCUGGCCGUCCAGGCGCGAGGCAUCAUCAAAGUGGGCCGCUGGAAGCCGAUGCCCAUCCACUGCCUGACGGACGCUCCGGAGGCCACGGUGGCCGACAUGCUGCUGGACGUCUACCACAUGGUCACGCUGCGCAUCCUGCUGCACAGCUUCUCCCGGCUGGAGGAGCUGCCGUCGGAGCAGUGGAGCCACGCCACGGUGAGGAACGCCCUGAGGGAGCUGCUGAGGGAGAGCAACCAGAGCGCCCUGGCCAAGGAGUGCCCCCUCUCCCAGAGCAUGAUCUCGGCCAUCGUGAACAGCUCCUACUACGCCAACGUCUCCACGUCCAAGUGUCAGGAGUUCGGACGCUGGUACAAGAGGUACAAGCGCGUCAAAGGUGAAUACGUGGAGAAGAUGUGGCCGUCGCAGGAGAAGUCGGACAUCAAAGUGGAGAGGGAUCUGGACCUGGGUGUCCUGGGCCCCCGCCCCCCCUCCCUCCUGCCGUCUCCGACUCACCUGGGCGCCCUCGGCGGUCCCGGAGGUCUGCCCAUCAAGUCUGUCCUGGGGGAGUCCCACAGCCCGCCCCAGCCCCUCGGCCUGCCUCACCCUGCGGGCCAGGGCCACCCGAGCCCCCCGCUGCGCCCGCAGGCCCCGCCCCUGCUGGGCCCCGGCGCCCUGCUGUCGCCUCAGCUGGUGCGGCAGCAGCUCGCCAUGGCCCACCUCAUCAACCAGCAGCUGGCCGUCAGCCGCCUGCUGGCCCACCAGCACCCGCCGGGCGUCAACCAGCAGUUCCUCAACCACCCCCCCAUCUCGCGGAGCUGCAAGGGCCCCGCCGCCGCGCCGGAGCCCGGCCUGGGCUGCCCCGGCGCCGAGGUCUCCCCGGACAUCUACCAGCAGGUCCGCAACGAGCUGAAGAGGGCCAGCGUGUCGCAGGCCGUGUUCGCCCGGGUGGCCUUCAACCGCACGCAGGGCCUGCUGUCCGAGAUCCUUCGUAAGGAGGAGGACCCCCGCUCGGCGUCCCAGUCGCUGCUGGUCAACCUGAAGGCCAUGCAGAACUUCCUCAACCUGCCGGAGGGCGAGCGAGACCGCAUCUACCAGGAGGAGAGAGAGAGGACGUCCGGCGCCAACCACAACCACUCCGGCAACCACGUCUCCGCCGGCGGCGCUCACAGGCUGGCGCAGGCGAAAUGCGGCGCGGCGGCUCCAGAUCUGCAGCUGAAGCUGGAUCCUCUGGCCAGCGUCACGUCGGGGAUCUACGAGGAGAUCCAGCAGGAGAUGAAGAGGGCCAAAGUCUCCCAGGCGCUGUUCGCCAAGGUGGCGGCCAACAAGAGUCAGGGCUGGCUGUGCGAGCUCCUCCGCUGGAAAGAGAGCCCCAGCCCGGAGAACCGCACUCUGUGGGAGAACCUGUGCACCAUCAGGAGGUUCCUGGCGCUGCCGCAGGCCGAGCGGGACCAGGUCUACGAGGAGGAGUCGAGGCAGCAGCACAGCGACCGGCUCCACUCGGUGCUGCACAUCCCCGACCAGCAGCAGGUCCAGGUCCUCCACCGGCAGCCGCUGCCCCCCCUCACCGCUCCGUCCCCGCUUCGUGAAGACCCCCACGCCGUCUCCGUGCCGCCGGCGCCGGGUCCGGAGGAGCGGGGGAUGAGCCCGGGCGCCAAGAAGGCGCGGUCCCGGACGCGCAUCUCCCUGGAGGCGCUGGGGAUCCUGCAGAGCUUCAUCGGGGACGUGGGGCUGUACCCGGACCAGGAGGCCAUCCACACCCUGUCGGCCCAGCUGGACCUGCCCAAACACACCAUCGUCAAGUUCUUCCAGAACCAGCGCUACAACGUCAAGCACCACAGCCAGGCCCGGGAGCCGGCGCCCGACGGCGAGGGGGGCGUCCGGGGCGAGGAGGCGGCUCUGUCCGCCUCCGAGGAGUCCAGCGAGGACGGGAGCCGGUCGGCGGAGGCGUUCAGGACAGACGGAGCGCGGCCGGAGAAGGCGGAGGCGGACGACGGCAAGGCGUCGCCGCUGGGCAGCGUGGACAGCAGCCCCCGCUCCGCCGAGCAGCACAGAUAACAGCCGGGGACCGAAGGGACCGGGCCAGUACUUUUCCUCUAACGCUGCCAGUAUUUCAGACAUUUACAGUCGUUUCUGACUCCGAGCGGCCGAACGUCACGGCUGCCUGCCUUCGGUACAAAUGCGUCAGAAAUCCACCAGAAAACUCUUGUUUUUUUUUAAAGGAGUCAUGCAGGGAAACAACACAACAACCUCCCUCCACCGUCAUUACUUCAACAGAUGCAAUCCUCUGUCUCUCUGUUUCCCACGAUGCUUUGGGAAAGCCUGACGUGUGCAUAUGAAUCUCUCACAUGCAGUAAACCUUUAUAAUAAACUUUGCUCACUUCCUCCACUGAUAUUUAUUACUAGCUUUAUAUUUACUGAGUCUUGCUGUUGGUUGUGAUUCUGUUUUGUAAAUGUGAUCCAGCAGGACGGCUGAAAUCGCGUUUCCUCCAGGACUUUUCUGU